CUUUCUUCUAUCUGUCACAUAUUUGAUUUUGAUAGCUUUUGAAUUGUAGUAUUUCUUUAAAUUCUACUGUAAAAUAAAUUGUAUAAAAUGUGAUAUGGUAUCAACGUUCUAAACAAUUAUGGUAUAUAGUUUUCUGAACGUUGGGACGAUUAUGUAAUAAUUUAUCAAAAAGAUGGAAUCUGAUAGAAUUUUAGUAGCUGCAGGUCUUACAGCAGCUGCAGUUGUAGGAGCAUUUGUGUUUUGGGGCCCUUCCCCCACUUCUGGUGGCGGCCGAGGUAGACUAGCUGGCCUGGUAAAUCUUGGCAAGACUUGUUUUUUGAAUGCCAUACUUCAUGCUUUAGCUGCUUGCCCCAGUUUCAUUACUUGGCUAGAAAAGGAUAAAUAUGUAAAAGAAACUAGCCUUCGUAGCACAUUAGCAACAGUAAUUUCAGUGGUAAAUGGCACAAAUAAAGCUGUACAAGAAACAUAUGCACCUGCUGCAGUUAUUAAUGCAUUGAAGAGGUUAGGAUGGGUUAUCCCCGCAGGUGAGCAAGAUGCUCAUGAAUUACUGAAUGUAAUUUUGACUACGUUGGAUGAAGAAACACAGAAGAUUGGAAGAAAGGCUGGUUGUUUAUCAGACGCACUAGGUAUGAAUGACUUACAAAUUGAAGAUAAUCAGGAAGAACCUAGGGAAUUUGAUUCGUUGGGUAGUGUCAUGUCUCUAAACGAAUUGUGUAGGCCAAUGAGUGCGGGUUGGCGUGGAGGUGCUAUUAGACGAAAUAGGUGGAUAUCUAGAUCUUGUAGAGCUCUUCAAAUGACAGGGCCUCCUCAGCAACCUCUCAGUCAUCCAUUUGCAGGAACACUUACGAGUCAGUUGAGGUGCACUGUGUGUGGAUUUAAGUCUGCGGUUAGAUAUGAUAAAUUUGAAAGUUUAUCGUUAGCAUUGCCGAGCAGUGCUGGAGAUCUUGGCUGGGGCCGCCAUAAGUUGCAUCAGCUGCUUAACAAUUUUGUCACUCCAGAGGUUGUAAAUGAUGUACAGUGUGAUGGUUGUAAUAGGGGUAGGGAUCCUGCCAGGCCGGCAAUUUUGUCAAAACAAGUCAAGAUUCUGAAUUUUGGUAAGUUACCAAUAUGUCUAUGUCUUCAUAUAUCAAGAAACACAUGGCAGAGUAGUGGAGUAUCUAAGAGACAAGAUUAUGUACAGUUUCCAAUGAGGCUUUCCAUGUCUGCAUAUACUUUUAUUCAAAUUCAUUAUAAGCGAAAAUUUGAUAAUUCUACAUAUACAAGCACAAGCGAAGGAGGAAGUCCUCUAUCUAGUAGCACACCAAUAUGUUGGACUGGAUCAACUCUAAGUGAUAUGGCCAACGAAUUUAGAAAUGUGUACCAAUUGGCUGCUGUUGUUGUACACGCAGGUGAUGCACAUUCAGGACAUUUUAUAACAUACAGAAGGGGUCAUCAAAACAGCAGGUGGUACUAUACAUCAGAUGUUGAAAUAAGAGAAGUAUCAGUUGAUGAAGUACUGCAGAGUACAGCUUACAUGCUUUUUUAUGAAAAAUCCUCUACAAUGGGCAGCGUAUUUUAACUUAAACCAAAAAUCAUGUGAUGUUUAGCAUUUUUAGAAUAUUAAUAUGGUACAGGGAUGCCCAAAGUUGUAUCUUAGACCUUUUAAAAACUGGGUUAUUUAUUUAUUUGGAACGUUUUAGCAUUGCCUUCUACCAUAAGAUAGUUUUGCAUUUAAUGUUUAUGUUCCUACGCUUUAAUUUUCAUACGUUAUGUUAAUGAUAAGACUUAUUAUUAUUGUUAUUUUCGAUUUCGAUAUAAACUUAAGUUUUGAUAAAAUUUAUAGAAAUGAUCCUUGAUUUACAUUCAGCUCUCUUAAUACAAGAACAAAUUCUACAAUCAUGUUUUGUACAAUUGUAUACAUAAAAAUGAAAGAAUGAAAUCUUGUAUUGUUGGUUCUAUCGAUGUGGGGCUACCAAAAUGUAGGUGUCAGGUGUUGCCUAAAUAAUGCGUACAAUAAUGAGCUCAUUAAAACGAAUUAAAUAAUUUACUAUACUCGAAUUUAAGGGGGUGGGGGUAUGGUUUGAAAUCAACAUUUCAAGCACAUUUUUGGGAAUUUUAAAUAAACAUGUGGCAAAUGAACGGUGGCAAAUUUUUACAGACACCAAAAAACAAUGGAUUUUGCGGUGGACCUCAGAACUCUGCAUUAGAUCAUGUAAAAUACUUGUUAUCAAAUUAACUCAUAGAAUAUGUAAUUCUGAUUGUUAAUAAAUGCUUACAAAAAAAAAAGGUCAUGUAAAACAAAAAGUUCAAUAAGAUUUUAUUAGCUUAUGAGUUUCUCGAGGCAACGCUGUCGAGUUAGUUUUCAUGAUUUUUGAGUUUUUGGUAUCACUCAGAAGUUAUAAUAAUGAAGUUUUUUGGAAAAGAUGGAUGAAAAUCAACGUAUGUAUUAUUGUUAAACAAAAAAUAAGCAUAAAACAAAAAAUAUCUCGACAGCGUUACCUCAAGAAAUGUCUAAAGAAUAUAAUCAAGUAUAUUCAAAUGGGAAAUAAGCCACAAUUUUACCUAAAAAUGAUUUUAUUAACGUUUCGACGCCCAAGUCGGGUGUCGUUGUCAAAAUACAAAAUAAUACUAAAUAAACAAAAAUGUUGUUGCUUAGUAAAAAAUUCUUCUAAUAAUUUAUUUAAUCUGACUCAUUUAUAUCGGCAAUUCAGACACGUAUACAUUUUAAAGUAGACGACUUUAAAAUGAUAUUGCCAAUAUUGAUGAGUUGUGUUCCUGGGACGACUUAAUCAAUCCCAACUCAAGAAUAUCCGCCACAAAAAAUCAUAGCAUGUGAUCUGUCUUUAAAAAGACAACCAAAUGUAACGGUGGCAAUGAAAUUCUCGCGUUAGAGAUUCCAUAGUAAAUCACGAGGGAAAACCAGGAAAAACCUCGUGAUACUAUCCCGACAUCGUAAGUAUUUGGGUUUACAUUUAGUUUACUCUCAAAACUAAUACCAAAUUCUGACUUGAUAUUUUAAAUAAUACUAAAAUACUAAAUAUGUACUAACUCGAUAUGUUACUAUUAUGUUACAGAUUAAAUAAAUUAUUAGAAGAAUUUUUUACUAAGCAACAACAUUUUUGUUUAUUUAGUAUUAUUUUGUAUUUUGACAACGACACCCGACUUGGGCGUCGAAACGUUAAUAAAAUCAUUUUUAGGUAAAAUUGUGGCUUAUUUCUCAUUUGAAUAUACUUGAUUAUAAAAAUGCCACAAGAAAAUAGCUUCAGAACAACAUAAAGAAUAUAAUAUGCAAAAUUUCAGGUGGAUCGGCCAAGCAGUUUUCGAGUUACAAUAUCCACCGGCUUUGAAAAUGGCAGCUUUGAGAAAAAGGUGUUUAAUGUUUUGACAAUUUUUAUUUUCAAUGUAUAUUUUGUCUGUCAAAUCGUAAAGCGAUGCACACCGCAAUAUGUUUUUGAAUCGCGGAGCAAUUUACAAAAGAUAAUGGUAACAACUGUUGAACGUUUCUCACUACGCACUAGUUUCUCAAUAAGCGAGUCGAAGGUAGGGAUAUUUUACACGAUAUAUUUCCGGUAAUUUUGCUCCGAUCAAUCUGAAAUUUUCAGAUUGAUCGAAGAAAUCGAAAAUUUUAAAACUUUCAAACCAUACCCCUUCCUUAACACCACAUUUAUUAAGGCACGUAAUUGUUACGAUGAUAUAAUGCGAUGCAACAUUUGUGUACACCGCAGCUAAUAGGUUAACUAUGCUUUAAAAUACACUUUCCUUUCUUCUAAUAAAAAAACUAGCUCAGACAGGUUAACUAAGACACCCUAAUAGACGGAGAGACAGCGCUGAAAAAUCUCUUUAAAUUUACUAAAGCUAAAUUUUUCACAGUUGAUUACUGUGAUUGUGUAGAGAAACAUACUGCGGUCGGUCAAGCGAAACGUAGAACAGGGGUUACUGAGAGGGUAUCAAUUGCUUUCCUAUGAAGGUAAUUAAAUCCAUUUACUAAGGCUGAAAAUCAGUACACACAUUCUAAAUUGAAUAUAAAUAAAAGUUAUUAUAGUCGGUCAGCUGUAUGAUGGGACAGAGCCGGUCGGUCGGCCCCAAUGAAUGUUCAGGGUUAUUCACUAUAUUUUGACCCCCUUGUAAACUGCUUUAUUUACAGAAUUAGAAAAAAAAUGUAAAAUACAAAAGUUAUUCGAUUUUUUAAUUAUGAUUUUUUGACAUAUAUAUCGUACUAGUGACGUCAUCCAUCUGGGCGUGAUGACGUAAUCGACUAUUUUUUUUAAAUGAGAAUAGGGUUCGUGUGCUAGCUCAUUUGAAAGGUUAUUCAAUUCUUAUACAGUACUAUAAACAUUAAGAUUAUUAUUUAUACAGGGCGUCCAAAAAUUUUGUUGAAUUAUUAGUUAAACAAUUAAUUUGAUUUAAAAAAAUUUUUGGACACCCUGUAUAAUUAAUCAUGUUAAUGUUUAUAUUACUGAAUAGGGAAUUGAAUAACCUUUCAACUUUUGUAUUUUACAUUUUUUUCUAAUUCUGUAAAUAAAGCAGUUUACAAGAGGGUCAAAAUAUAGUGAAUAACCCUGUACAUUCACUGGGGCCGACCGACCGGCUCUGUCCCGUCAUACAGCUGACCGACUAUAAUAACUUUAAUUUAUAUUUAAUUUAGAAUGUGUGUACUGAUUUUCAGCCUUAGUACAUGAAAAUAAUUACCUUCGUAGUAAAGCAACUUUGAUACCCUCUCAGUAACCCCUGUUCUACGUUUCGCUUGACCGACUGCAGUAUGUUUCUCUACACACUCACAGUAAUCAACUGUGAAAAAUCUAGCUUUAGUAAAUUCAAAGAGAUUUUUCAGCGCUGCCUCUUGGACUAUAAAGUACGUAUCUAUACGUGGGUGCUCCGUGUAGCAGCUCCACAUAGUGGAUACGUUGUAUAAAGGGUAGCGCAUGCCGUAUCCAUUUGACCAAACACGGAGCGACCACGUAUGGAUACGUACCUUUAGACUCUUCUUUCUAAGUAAGCGCCUAAUGUUGCAUUUGAGUAAAUAAAUCGUUUUUUUAAAUCAUAAAUUUCUUGUAAAUAUUUUUCACAAUAAAUGACCAAAAAUUAUA